CUCACUCUGACCCUUAAGGCAGUCAUUCACAUGUGAUCGAUCGAGCGCUGUAUGCGAUUCGAUUCGAGCAUGCUACAGCCAGCAGCCAAGAUGCCUCAAAAAGAGGACAGAAGAAAGUCAGGUAGCGGACCGACCGACACAUCCAUCCAGCACCACACACACACGCAACAGACAGUAUCGCGACCGCCUGACAGGCUCAGAUGGGCGGGCGGGAGGCGGUAAACAAAAAGACAGAUAGGAUAGGAUAGGACAGCACAGCCAAGACAGACAGACAGGGAGGGGAGAGGAGAGAGAGAGGGGGGGUAGAAAGCAGCCAGGCAGGACGCUGCUGUGUCAGCGGGCAGCCAGUCAGCUUAGGUGAAUGAGGGGAACGGGCGGGCCAGAGGGCGGUAGAACGGACGCUCACCUGACGCACACACACAGACAGAAAUGGGAUGCACACACACGCUCUCCCAUUCCCUCCCUCCCUCCCUCCCUGUUGUUGUCGUGUCGGCUCACCGAUGACUUCAGCGCAUGGGUACGGUCCGCAUCGCGUGAACCUUGCGGAGCCCAAGUCGUCUCUGCCGAUGACGCGGGUCUCCUGAAGCUGUCGCUUCUUCUCCUUCUCGUACUCGACGGCGACGAUCUCCUUGCCGUCGGCGUCGGUGAGGGUGUAGCCAGCCUUGGUGAGGGUGAUGACCAUGUCGCCCUCGAGGUGCAGCUUGUACUCGUCGCCCUCCUUGAGUACAUACGACACCCUAAACAGACCCUCGCUCUCCUCGCCAGUCUGUGUGAACGCGCAAACGCAUCAAUCAAAUUGUGUGCGUAUGCAUGUCUGUGUGUGUGUGUGUGUGUGGCUGUAGGGUUCCGUACCGGGAUGACCAGUGUCUCGAGCUUCUCGAAGUCCCGCAGCGGCUGGCCGUAGAAGUCUGGCAGGGCGAACCUCUCCAAAGCCUCGGCCAUGCCUACAUCCAGACAUGUCAUGCCACAUCCGCACAGAGAGUGCUCUGUCUCGUCUGCAUGCGUGUUGGUGUGUGCGUACGUGCGGGGUGUUUGGUGCCCCUGUCGAUGACGACAGCCUGGCCGUCGACCUUGAUGUCCUUCAUCACCUCCACUCCGGCAAGCACCAGGACGAACACGAUGACCAGGGUGAUGAUCCACCCCACACCCAUGCCGAUCAACGCCCACCGAAGGGUCUUGUUGUGCUUGCGCUCGGACGUCAACUGCACACACACACACACAACACACACACACACACACACACACCAGGUUCCGCGUCAGUGACAGAUCUGAGGCGAGACGGAUUGUCUGUACCUGGCGGGCGGCCUCAGCGACCUCUUCGGCAGUGAAAGUCCCGUCGCCAUUCUUGUCCCACGACUGCAGACACAACACACGACACCAUCAUGUCUCUGUCUCUUGCCUGCCUCCCCAUCUGUGUAUCUCUGUGUGCACCACAACCCCCGCCAGUCUGUCUGCCUGUCUUCCUCCCCGCGCAUGUGACGUGCUGCGCUGUGUUGUGCUGCUGUGCUGACCUUGAGGAGCUGGACAAUCCUGGUGCCGUCGUCGCCAUCGACCCGGGACACAAUGUUGGUGAACUUCUCAGUGCGGCUCUGCGGAACGACUGACAUGCUCAGAUCUGGAUGAGAUGCUAUGCGAUGUGAAGAUUGAGAGAUGCCGGUGGCUGUGGAAGAUGCAGGAGUCGCUGCGGGAG